CACAGCCUCAACGCAUGAUCAGAGAGUUCUUGUCUCCGUUGUUUGUUUACUGAAUAACACCCUAAAUAGCUUUUUAAAAUGAGUUUUUACUCCCAUUUUUCUUGACGUCAACUGUUAGCAUCCAGAUAUAAAGACAAAGUCUAAGACAAAAUAGUGCGUCCCUUACUAGGCCGGGAAAUUGAGUAAAUGAAGUGCGGAUUAGGGGUGUUUGACGGCUCCGCUGGUCCGGCAAGGGUGUGGACGCUAGUGGUGCACAAUGAUUUUAGCGAUUUCGGCGACGACAGCCGAAUCAGUGACAAAGAAGACGUAAAAAACCUCAGAGAUGAGUUCUCAAGGAGAAAUUGUGAGUUUAGAGAGAUGGCCUCGAAAUCUAGAGACGAGAUUUUGGGUGUCCUCAGCCAGGAGAACAAGUUGUAUGAAAUAUUCGGAGCGGACGAAAAAGCACAAGCACCUGACGUUUUAGUCCUGUUUGUAUUAUCCCAUGGCACGACCGAUGGAACGAUUUACACCGACCACUUAUCGCCAGACUCGAGUGUUGAGGAGUCGAAAUAUGAACACUACUUUACUUCUGACGUGUGGAAUGGCCUCCACGAGAAGAACAUGCCGAAGCUGAGCAACUGCCUCAAAAUUUUAGUUUUUGGCUCGUGUCGGGGCCCACAUAACGAACUCCGUCUUACGACAAAAAUCUUAAAUGACUGUGUCGAUGGUUCAAAAUCAAUGUGGAUAACUGCAAAACCCAACAGCGAAAAUUUUGUAAUCUUUUAUUCCACUGUAGAGGCCAAUGUGUCCAAUAGUGAUGAAAAGGGUACGUGGUUGGUCACUGAAUUCUGCAAAGAGCUGACCACCAUGAGCAACGACACGGAUCUGAUAAUAUUUCUAAAUAGAGUGCAACGACGGAUUUGUGCCAAGUCUACAUUGGACAGCAUCUUUGCUCAGACACCACAAAUUCAAUAUUUUAAACACAAGAAAUUCACCAUUUAUGGGUGUCCGGUCGUUGAGAAAAAAGACGGAAAAUGUGUUUCAGAUUCCUCCCAAUUAAUCACAGUGGACAGAAAGGAUUUCUACACAUGGCGGUCAGAAAAAAUGAUACUUUUCAGGAGAGGUCGAGCGUUGAUAUUCCAUGACCAACAACAUUUAGUGCAGGCUGCGGAGUUCCAAAAGAGUUUUCAAUAUUUGGACUUUGAAACUGAGGUUUACAGUAUUGUGCAGCUUGCACAGGUCGUCAAGAAAGUUUCCAUGGCUGCGGACUGUGGCUUAAUUGAAGAUGGCAGUUUAGCAGUCUGCGUUUUGGCAAAAUUGAGAGAAGAUAAGGACAAUGAAUUAAAUUUGAAAGUGUCAGACAAGGAAAAGGUUUUAGUCAACAACAUCACUCGUUCAUUCAUUGGCACCAAGUCAACAGACCUGGCUGGGAAACCAAAAUUGUUCUUUUUUAUUGACCAAGGAAAUGAUGUAGACACGCUUUUCACAGGAAAGUCAGCCGAAGAUUUUAUUGUCCAUGGAAAUAAUCACGGCGAGAUUUUCGUUUUCCUGGGAGUGGGGAGUCCCGGUGAUGACACGGAGGAAAAUCUUGUCAAAGUUCUAGCACGUGGAUUAAGAGACCCGAAAUUAAAGAAAGGCCUGAGUUUGCAGGAAGCUAUCGUGAACAUCAUCCGCCGCUGCGCUGUUGGGAACCGUGUGUUUCCCCAGGUGUCGAGUACUUUGUCACGACUGCUGGAUUUUCCACCAUGCUCGAACGCGUAUAUCAAACCAUCGUUCCAAAUGGAAAACUACGCAAAGCAUUUUUCUUUUGAAGAAAUUGCUGAGCAGAUUGUAGAAACGGCAAAAUGCUCAGGUCAAGAGGAUAACUGGAGGAUACGAGCGUGGCUUCUGAGUUCAAGUGCUGGACUCGGGAAAUCUGCCGCCACAAAGGAGAUGGCCAGGCAGCUGCGUGAGAAGCUGCCAGAGUUUCUCAUAGUCUGUAUUUACCUCGUCAAGGCAAGCAAAUUUUUUCUCAACGAAGAUCACGAAAAAUCUGACUAUCGUCAAUUAUUAACCUACGUGCUUGAGGGAAAUGAUGAAAAUAUUACAAAAAAAAUUCAACAAAAGAAAAUAAUCAUCCUCGUUGAUGGAUUUGACGAGAUUUGUCCUUCCUAUGAGAACUUGGUAUUAAAAUACCUGCGUGACAUGAGCACUGCCGACAUUCCGUUGUGGAUCACAACUAGAGUUUACAGAGAAAAAAGUAUAAGAGAAAGCAUUAAUAAGCUCAACGUUUUUGAUUUGGUGCCGAUGAACAAGGAAGAGCAAAUACAUCUCCUCAGAACCCUCCUGUACAAAAACCGGGAGGAAUGUGAAGAUCUACUGAAAAGGAUCAACAAAGAGUUCGCAGCAACCCCUCUUCAUCUGAAAAUGAUGGCAGAAACUGCUGAUCGUCUCAGCAGCAUGGAAGGUGGCCUACACUCGCUGUACUAUCACUUCGUGGUCAACAAGGUGCGGUCUGCUAUGCUCAAGUUCAGCGGCACAGACGAGAACGCACCAAAUUUUGCAGAAGUCUUACAAGAAAAGUUAGAGCUUUUGACCAAAGUGGCCAUGAACUACUUCUUCCCAGAUAACUUGCCCUCUGCAGAUGAUCUCCGGAUAACAAAUAAGGAUCGCAUUAAUGAACUUGGAAUAGCAGUUGUGACUUUUGAUAAAAAGAAGCUCAAGUCGAUUAUAUUCGUUCACCAAACAUUCGCCGAGUUCUUGGUGAGCUUGCUAUUUCUUUCAAAGGCCGGUCACAACGUCAUGAGGAUACCAAAGCGCGAAGAUUUCCUGGAGGACAUUGAAAGUAUAAACCUGAGCGAGUUUCUAUUGAAGAACCAGUUUGACCAAGUGAGAGCUUUCAUCGAUAAUUAUUUUGAGGGGAAUUCAAGAGACGAGAAGGUUAGGGUUACACAUUUACACAAUGCCUGCGAUCCGCCCACACUGAAGUCACAAGAAACUGACCUCAUGGCGUUUAUCUGCAAAGAAGGGCAUUCCAGACUGUUCAAACUUUUGUUUGAGGCCAGUUUUAAAUCCAAUUUCGAAGACAUUACCAAGCUGGUGAAUACUCCGUUCCAAUAUGAUUAUCAAGACAAGACAUACAGUUACUACCCGCUGUAUGCUGCGUGCUUUUCAAGCGAAGAUUUGGCACUGCAUUUGUUGGACAAAGGCGCAAAAUUAGAUCUUCUCAAACCCCCUGAAUGUAAGAUUGAAGGUGGAGGCAAUAUUUUGCAUUUGACAGCCAAAAAAGGCCUAUCAAACGUAACAAAAAGGAUUAUUGCCGCGCUUCCCGAGUUGACCGACGGAGAAAAUGAUGCUCGGAACAUUCCACUCGACAUUGCCGCCAAGAUAGGCCACCUGGAUUGCGUUAAAGUUUUUAUAGAAGCAAGCAACAGCGAAAACGAGAAAAUCCAUCUACGAAAAAGAGCAUUGGAAUUUGCAGCAACAGAAGGUCACCGAGACAUAGUCCGUUUUUUGAUGGGCGAUAACUUGGACGUGCUUAAGGACAAAUUUGGUUACCCACCAAUAUAUCUUGCGGCACAAAAGGGUCAUGUUGUUCUAGUGGAAGAACUAAUUGAUGCAACUGGACAGGUCGAUGUCGAGGUUGAUGAGGAUGGAAGAACUGCAGUACACGCAGCUUGCUCUACUAACCAGCUUGAUGUUUUAAUUCUGCUUCAUAAAAAGGGGGCAAACCUGCAGCGACAGGACAAAUUUCUUAGGCAUGCUCCAUUGCACACUGCGGCAAUACACAAUAGCCUAGAAUGCUGCGAAUAUUUGCUGGACCAAAAUGUUGAAAUUAAUCCAAAAGAUAAAAUCAACGAAACUCCUUUCAUUCACGCUGCAUCAAGUGGGCGUUUGAAAGUGCUGAAGCUGUUGGAGAAGCAUAAAGCAGAUAUUCAUGCAAAAAGCGUACCCAUGCACCUUCCGAACCGAACGUUUCUCGGGCGGAUGACUGCUUUGGAAAGAGCUGCUUUGCACUCAGAACCAGAGUGUCUUGCUCAUUUGUUAGAUCGUGAUUAUUCACAAAAUGUCAAAAGAAACGCAUUUUGGAUUGGCCUUGCUCAUGGAGCACGUGGAGACAGAAUGCAGAAAGUUGUAGAGGUAUUCUUGGAGAAAGGAUUUUCAACAGAUUUUGACAUUGUAGAAGGGAAAACUCCGAUCGUGGUUCUAGCUAAAAGAUGCCAAGAAUAUUGGGACAAAAAUAAGAACCAGGUGGAGCGACAUCCUUUUUUCCCUAAAGAUAAAAUCAACAGGGAAGCCCCUUUCUUCCAUCGGCCAGUAGGGAUAACUCCUGCUUUUACACCAAUAGAGCCAAAUCCUUACCUGGCAUGCAUUACCUACUUGAUCCAGAAAGGCGCGAAUGUCGAUCACGUGCCAUUUUCAGGCGGAGGUGCUAUGCACAUAGCUGCCGAGAACGAUGAUUUAAUACUCAUGAACGUUCUUUUUACAAACAACGCGAAUCCCAGCCUGCUAGACAACUAUUCUCGAUUGACUCCACUUCAUUACGCAGCUAAAAAGGGACAGCUUAAAGCUGUUAAAUUUCUGCUCGGGAUCGAAGGCGUAGAAAUCGAUGUUAAAGACGCAACUGAAAGAACACCAUUGAUGCUUGCAGUUGAAGGGAAUCACUCAGAGGUCAUCAAAUUUCUUUUGGAAAAUAACGCAAACAUUUCCUGCUCAAGCAAUGGCACCACUCUUUCAUUUGUGGCUGCCAAGAUCGGCGGGAGGGAUUUGGACAUCAUCCUUGAGAAAUUUCCACCUGACCAACAGCAACGCGGCCUUGACGAAGCACUUUGUGGCGCUGUAGAUGGAGGGCACGUUAACCUCGUGAUGGACUUAUUUGAUCGGGGAGCAGUGGUUAGUAAAUGCAACAAGUACUUUCGUUCCCCACUCGGGGUGGCGAUAGAGAGAAACAGAGAAGAAUUGGUCAGGUUGCUUCUCAGUCUGAUGAGCCACGAAGAUCAAACCGUAGCGGCGAGCUCAGCCUUGACCAUUGCGGUUCAAAAGGGAAACCUCGAAAUCGUGAAGUUACUUGUAAAAGAGUUUGGAGCCGACAUUAACGUGAGGGAUGAUAGCGGGACGAGUGCAAUUCUGUGGGCGGUCAUUUGCUGUGCAAGCAGAAUCAUUGACUACUUGCUUCAGUUUGAGCAUUUGGACCUCGUUACGCCCUCAAACAAUGGUAACGCGCCGCUUCUGUUCCUUUUUCAAAUCCGAGAUCAAGAAGUGCAAAAGAGGCUUGAGAGUAGAAUUAAGGACCAAAUGAAAACUAGAGAAUUAAUGAGUCAAGGGGACUUAUAAACAAGACUUACUUGAUUAUUGUAAAUUAUUUUAGUCAUUUCUCUUGUUAAUAACAAAGUUGCAAUAAAAAAAGGAAAAUUGAAAACAAAGCCUUGCUCUA